AUGGCAGGCCAAGCUCCUAAGAGGACAGUGGGAGUCUCUCUCAAGAUGUACUUCAACUUAGAGACCACCGCACAGUAUAUCAGAGACUGUGCUCCUCUUGCUCCCCAUGCAUUGUCACACAAUGUCGACAUCUUCAUUAUCCCCGACUUCCUUUCUCUAACAGCUGCGAGCACUAUGCUCCGUCUCGAGGCCCCUACCAUACGACUCGGAGCCCAGGAUUGUUUCUGGGAAGAUAAUGGCGCAUAUACCGGGGAAGUGUCACCUGCUGUACUGAAACACAUCGGUUGCUCGCUGGUCGAGCUUGGGCAUGCGGAGAGGAGGAGACUGUUCGGAGAGACAGAUGCUCAAGUUGGCAAGAAAGCGAAAGCUGCUAUUCGGAAUGGCAUGACACCUCUGGUGUGUAUAGGAGAGAAGACGAAAGGCACGAUCGAAGAGGCGGUGGAAGAAUGCCGGCCUCAAAUCGAGUCAAUCCUCGAAGUCACCGACGAGGAAAUCAUCUUCGCAUAUGAGCCCGUCUGGGCGAUUGGACAACCUAAACCUGCAUCAGCCGAGUAUGUUGUCAGUGUUGCGAAGGAGCUUCGAAAGCUUUGCGGGACGCGGCCUGUUUUCGCAAGCAUUCCCGAUGGACUCGCAGGCUACAAAGAGAAGGCAGAAUUCGUCCUUGGCGCUGCUUCUGCCCUCGAUCCCACCUCAAAGAUGGUUACGAUUUCGACGGCAAGCGGAGAAAGAGAGCAGGCAUAUGAUAUCUUGGUUCUGGCUACUGGUUCACGUGCCAUUGGUGAUGUUCCGUGGAAGGCCUCUUUGGCAGGUUACGAGGCAACGAGAGAUGGGCUACAUAAGGUGCAGAAGCAAGUAAAGGCUGCGAAGUCAAUUGUUAUUGGUGGUGCUGGACCAACAGGGGUCGAAGCAGCUGGAGAACUAGGUUUCGAGUACGGCAAGAACAAGGAAAUCACCCUCAUAACAGGCGGCUCCCAACUCCUCGUCGGCGUGCCACCGCACGUAGCCACCUUCUCGGAGACCGAGCUCAAGAAACUGCAUGUCUCGCUCCUCUAUUCCACAAAGAUAACCUCCGCCUCCACCCUCAGCACCGGACAAACGGAACUCGCGCUCUCAAACGGCUCGACCAUGACGGUAGAUCUGUACCUGCCCACCAUCGGCCUGCUCCCAAACACGGAAUACGUGCCGAAGAAGCUACUGAACGAGAAGGGCGACGUGAUGGUCGACCAGUUCUUGAGGGUCAAGAGCGUGAGCGAUGUGUGGGCUGCGGGGGACAUUGUGGAUUGUCAACCGGGGCAGUUUGUUUACACCGAGAAACAAGCAGCGGCCGUAGCCAAGAACCUCGAUCUCGUACUCAGAGGAAAGCAGCCCGUAGCCUACAAGUCAGACGGUGACCCAAUGCUCGCCGUCGCGCUCGGCCGCAGCAGAGGCACAGGUCGCUUCGGAAACAUGAAAUUGCCUAGCUUGAUCGUUUGGCUCGUUAGUAAGUCUCCUCCACACUCACUGCCAGGUAACGGCGUUAGGAGGGAGCGGAUGCUGAUACUCGUGCAGAGGGCCGGACGUUGA